AUGGAUACUCAGGAAUUUCGUGAAUUUGGUAAAGCGGCUGUUGACUAUAUAGCUGAUUAUUUCGAAACGCUGAGAGAAAGAUCUGUACAUCAUUCGGUCGAACCAGGAUACUUGUCCGAGCAUCUCCCGAAAGAAGUCCCAAAGAAGGGAGAAUCGUGGCAGACUGUCCUAAAGGACGUAGACAAAUUGGUGCAGCCUGGCUUAACGCACUGGCACCAUCAUAAUUUCCAUGGAUAUUUCCCAGCUGCAAACUCUUAUCCCGCCAUUGGAUCAGCAAGUGAAACCACCUUCCUCUGUCUGCUAACUUCAAGAGAGAGAAAAAUACAAGAACUGCAAGCUGAAAAUCCCGAUCUGAAAGGCGAAACCAUACUCGGAAAACUAGUAGCCUACUCUUCAGACCAAUCCAAUUCGUCCAUUGAACGAGCAGGUCUCCUAGGAUCCAUCCAGAUAAGGCUGUUGCCCGCUGACGAAAAUGGAAAACUAUCUGCCAGUACCCUUUCAGAGGCCAUACACGAAGACAAAUCCAAAGGCCUCAUCCCCUGUUGCUUAAUCGCUUGCUUCGGCACUACAGCCACCUGUAGCUUCGAUGAUCUGACUGAACUAGGCCCUGUGUGCGAGAGAGAGAAAAUCUGGCUGCAUGUGGACGCAGCCUAUGCAGGCGCAGCCCUAGCCUGUCCUGAGCUGCGGCAUCUGAUGAAGGGCAUAGAAUUCUCAGACUCUUUCAACUUCAACCCGCACAAAUGGCUGUUGGUGAAUUACGACUGCUCGGCAAUGUGGUUGAAGGAUUCAAGGUGCAUGCAAGAAUCUUUCAACGUUGAUAGAAUCUACCUAGAGCACAAUAAGCUGGCGAAUAUCCACGAGUACAGGCAUUGGCAGAUUCCGCUUGGUAGGAGAUUCAGGGCCCUGAAGCUAUGGUUCGUCUUGAGGAUGUACGGAGUGGAGGGUAUUCAGAAAUAUAUCAGGGGCCAUGUCGCUCAAGCGAAACUAUUCGAGAAAUUAGUGAGAAGUGACGAUAGGUUCGAGAUUGUUACGUCUGCUCUGGGGCUGGUUUGCUUCCGGAUGAGCGAUGGCGAUAUAGUGACGCAGAAGUUACUGGAUAAAAUCAUGGAAAGGGGGAAUUUGUUCUUGAUGUCUGCGACUUUCAAUCAGAAGAGGAUGAUUAGAUUUCCUAUCUGUAGCAGGUUUUCCGAGGCGCAGGAUAUCGAAUAUGCUUGGAGGGAAAUAUGUUUGGUAGCAGAUUCAAUUUCAACCAGUAGAAAGAGGAAAAGGAUAAGCAAAUACGUGAUAUCUAGAGAGUUUCCUUAUAAAAAGGCGAGAUACUUGAGCAACGAGAUACCAGAAACCGUUCCAUUUUCUGGACAAUCCUGGAAACACAUCCUACCAGACGUGGAAAGGGUGAUAGUUCCUGGACUAACGCAUUGGCAUUCUCCACAUUUUCACGCCUAUUUUCCCACGGCCAACUCUUAUCCAGGAGUUGUAGCAGAAUUAUUCUUAUCUGGAUUGGGAUGCUUAUCCAUGGAUUGGCGAUCCAAUCCGGCAUGUGUGGAAUUAGAAGUGAGGAUGAUGGAUUGGCUAGCAAAAAUGUUAGGAUUGCCAGAACAUUUCUUGAAUGACUCUGAAGGACCAGGAGGAGGUGUUAUACAGAAUGCAGCAAGCGAAUCCACUUUGGUCGGCUUACUCUCAGGGAAACAGAGAAAAGUCAAGGAAGCUCUCAACACCAACAUCCAUAUGACUUCAGAAGAAGUACGAGGAAAACUAGUAGCAUAUACAUCUAAAGAAUCCAACUCCUCCGUAGAAAAAGCCAGCCUUCUAGCUUCAGUUCCAAUGCGUCUAUUACCCACAGACACCGACUGUCGUCUUCGAGGAGAAGUUCUUAGAGAAGCAAUAGACAAGGAUAAAGCUGACGGAUUGAUACCCUGUUGUGUCGUGGCCAGCUUGGGCACUACUGGAACCUGUGCCUUCGAUGAUCUGGAAGAACUAGGGAAGAUUUGUGAGGAAGAGAAUAUCUGGCUACAUGUGGAUGCAGCUUAUGCAGGAGCAGCAUUUGUUUGCCCUGAAUACCGAUAUCUGAUGAAAGGUAUUGAAUAUGUUGACUCAUUCAAUUUCAAUCCUCACAAAUGGUUUUUCACAAAUUCGGAUUGCUCAGCAAUGUGGUUCAAAAACACCAAAGAUGCAGAAGCAGCCUUCAAAUUGAAAGCCGAAAUACCCGAAGAACCUCUUUACGAGCCGCAGCUGGAAAACUGGCAGAUUCCAACGUCCAGACGAUUCAGAGCUCUGAAGCUAUGGUUUGUGAUGAGGCUAUAUGGAGUGGAAGGUAUGCAGAAGUAUAUCCGCCAUCAAGUAUCACUGGCCAAAUAUCUGGAAAGCUUGGUGAGAAGCAAUGAACAAUUUGAGCAGUUGGUAUCCAGCUUAGGAGUAGUUUGCUUCAGAUUGAAAGGGGAUGACUCCUUGACCCAAAAGCUUCUAGACAGAAUUGCUGAGCGAAAGAAGCUCUUUAUAAUGCCCUAUUACUACCGGAAGAAACUACUUGUCAGGUUCGUCAUUUGUAGUAGGCUAACUGAGAAAGAAGACAUAGAUUUUGCGUGGAGAGAGAUCACAUCUAUAGUCGAGGAGCUGCAGAAAUCUACUAAACAGGAGAAGAGCAACGCUUUGAGUGCCCCAAACUUAUUGGCUAAAGUAGCAUCCACCACUUUUUCUCCAGACCUAAAUGAAAAAUUGAAUGUUGGGUUAUUCUUGUGAUUAUUGUUUGCAUGAUAUUGGAUAUUCCAUAGAUCUUUAUUGAUAAAUCAGAAUUGUUAUAUUUUAUAAUUCGUAUUGUUUAAUGAAUGUUAUCAUAGUUGUUACCUCAG